AUGACUUUCUUUGGUUCUGAAGAAAUUCGUUUCCCUGUCGUUUCGGAGGAAGGACAAGUGGACGUUGUCCAGUUUCUACAAGCAAGUCGACAAGUCGUCAAAUUUAUUGACUGUCUUGGCACAACCUUCAAGAUUGUGAAAUCUGAUGUAAAUGGAAAUAUUCAGAAAUUACAACAAAAAUAUAACACAGAUCCUGAAAAAUUUCAAAAUUUUGAGGCAAUGUUAGAAGAUGAGAAAGUGAACAACAACACAGAUUUUGCCAAAGUUGGUGGCCUUUGGCUUAAAAGGGCAUUGCAGUUUGUCUAUGUUUUCCUUUCCAAUAUGGUAGAAGAAUACAAGAAUGGUAGUCCACGAGAAAGCCUUCAGCCACAUAUAAAAAAAGCCUAUGAUGAAACCCUCCACAAAUAUCACAACUUCAUCACCCAGAAAAUGUUUACGGUUGUGGCUAUCACAGCUCCAACUUGGUCAAGUCUGAUGAAGAUUCUGUCUCGGGGAAAUGAUGUUGAUGAUGAACAGAUUAUCAAAGAUCUUGAAGUCUACUUGGAUGUGAUGGCAACGAAUCUGGAUGUUUUAUCCAACCUCUACAUUAAAUACGAGCUUGACUCAAACAAAAGUGUCUAA